AUGGAGAGGGUGAAUUUCAUCCCUACCCGUACCGGAGCUUUGGGUAUUCAAAUGGUUCGCACUCAGAUGGUGUGUGUUUAUUAUCUUCCCCUACCAAGAUCUUUUGAGUCCCCGGUACCACCUAUUGACGGGUAUGAAUAUCGAACCUGUAGUUCAAACGUAAUUGGGGAGUAUUUGCAGAAGAAGACUGUCCUUAUCAAUGGCUCAGUAAUCGAAGGUGAUCCCCCUCAAACUUGGGUUCCUACUGGCGAUGGUUUAUACAAAACUACAGGGCUAAACUUGGCGUUUUUACUAGACGACAAGGUGGCACGUGUGAUUGAACCGUUAAAUCUGGUUUCUGAGGAGUUAAGAGAUUAUGUCAGCGUUCAAUGUCUCAAUGAUCUGAUCCGAUGGAUGGCCGAUAAUUUUCAUGAAGAGCACCCUUUAGUAGUAAACGCUUUACGGGCCACCAUACUUCCCAAAGAUGACCCGGAUCGGUUUGUGGUUCAUGUUGGCUCAAGCAUCAACACAAUGAUCUAUUUGCAAUCCGUGUGUAAACAUAAACCAAGUUCGGAUCAGACCCACUCCCCCUCAGCGACAGACCCAGCAAGUGGUGGGAGUACCCGAGGAGAGAUAACCCCGACUUCUACAUCGUCUCUUGAUGACCCCAACUAUCAACCACCAGAACAUCUUGACUCCUAUCUACCAACACAAGGGGGAGACUCGGCCUCAGGUCUUUCCCACAUGCCUGGGCUGGAAAUAUUGCAACAUCACCUUGCCCUUCUUGACUCUCAUUACCAGGAGAGCAUCAAUAAUGUACCUGAACAGGAUACAACAGAGUUCCGGUCAUCAAGUCCUCUGGGGCCUGUAUGCUUCCUGCGAGUCCAAGAGAGAUUAUUUGCGGCCAUAGGGAAAAUUCUGAAACUGACUGACCUUGGGGGGACGAGGGCGGGAGGGUGGGGAUAUACCAGAUGGUCAGGGCUCUUGGUGCGGGUGUUCAGGAGUGUCCAGGUCACUGAGAACACUGUUGGGACCAGACAUGGAAAUUAG